AUGUGUGUUACUCCUUGUCAAGUCGCAGCUGGGCUAGUAAGUCUGUCCUGGACCAUACACCCUGUUGUGCUCCACCGCAUUCCGGUUUCUUCGGUCUGCCAAUCUGCCAUCGCCCUGGCUCGCAAUGCACUGCCUAAGCCCAUCUUGAACCACUCCUUGCGCGUUUACCUUUUGGCGCUAUGGCUGGCCGAAAAAGAACAGUCGAGUUUCGCUUCCGACCCUCAUAUGUCCCGCCUCUUUGUUGCAGCUAUCCAUCACGACAUGGGUGCUAGCGAUUUGUACAACGGUUCACAACGGUUUGAGCUUUGCUCUGCCGACUGCGCAAAGACUCAUCUCCUUGAACACGACUACUCGGAAGCGGAGUCUCACCAAGUCUGGACUGCAAUUGCAGUGCAUACGUCUCCAGGUAUAGCGGAGCGCAUCGACCCGCUCUCCAGACUAAUCCGACUUGGUGUGAAUAUGGACUUUGGAUCUGAAGAGUACAGGGAAAGGAUGGGAGUGACUGAGUUUUACAACGAGAUCGAGAAACUUUUGCCGAGGUUGGAAGUGGAAAAGAGCCUGGGAGAUGCUGUGGUGAAGCAAGCCAAGAAGAUCCCGCAUGUGGACAGCCUCACUUGGCCCAGCGACGAAAAGUUCCCGUUGGGAAGCUGGCCUGGUAUUUUGCUGAGGGCACACGCUGAGAAUCCAGAUCAUGUCGGAGUGAAUCCCGCUUUUUGAUAUGAACCGAGAAGCUCCAAGGCGGUUGAAGGUCAACGCCCAAACAACCGAUGUACAGUAGAUUAAAGCUUGUGCUAGGAACAAGCGAGAAUUAAACACGAGUUUAACUCUGUCAUAUCAAUGGCAACCC